CGUUGCUUCUGCUUCUUCACUCUUCACCAUAAUCAGCGUAACGCGCUCUCAUGCCUUCCUUGACCUCCAAGCCCAUCCUUUCAUGGAAGACCCGCUUCUCACUCUCCUUUCUCACUUUAGUCAUCAAAAUCGCUCGCCGUCCUGACGGUACCCUUAAUCGCCGUCUCAUGAGCUUCGUCGACCACAAAACCAGCCCGAAUCCAAAACCGAUUAAAGGUGUCAAAUCCUCCGACGUUACCGUCGACCCCACUCGAAACCUCUGGUUCAGACUUUUCACACCCACUUCGGUCACCACUUCUUCGUCUCUCCCUGUCGUUGUUUUCUUCCACGGCGGUGGGUUCACGUAUCGUUCAGCCGCUUCCUUCAUGUACGACGCCCUUUGCAGACAGCUCGCCCGUAAGUGUGCUGCUAUUGUCAUCUCUGUGAAUUACCGACUCACACCGGAACAUCGGUAUCCUGCUCAAUACGACGACGGGUUUGACGUCCUCCAGUUUCUCGACCAAAACGGCGGUGUUUUGCCGGAUAUUGCUGAUUUGUCGGAGUGCUUCUUGGCGGGUGAUAGUGCCGGCGGGAACUUGGCCCAUAACGUGGCCGUGCGGGUCUGUCGGAACAGGCUCCAGAAUGUGCAAGUUAUAGGGCAGAUUUCGAUCCAGCCAUUUUUCGGAGGAGAGGAGAGGACCGAAUCCGAGACCCGACUUGUUAACGUCCCGCUGAUUUCAGUCGAGAGGACCGAUUGGAUAUGGAAGGUGCUGCUGCCGGACGGGUCCAACCGAGACCAUGAAGCGGUUAACGUGAGCGGACCGAAUGCGGUGGAUAUAUCGGGGAUGGAUUAUCCGGAUACGAUCGUGUUCGUGGGUGGUUUUGACCCGUUGCAGGAUUGGCAGAGGAGGUACUACGAGUGGUUAAAGAAAUCCGGGAAAGAGGCAGAAUUGAUCGAGCAUCCAAACAGCAUUCAUGCAUUUUAUGUAUAUCCAGAAUUGCCUGGAGCUUCACAGCUGAUUUCCCAAGUCAAGGAUUUCAUCAAUAAAUGCUUGUCCAAGCUGUAAUUAUGACAU